AUGUUCACUACACUCGUCCUGGGACCUCAGGUCUAUGUGCUGAUCAGACCCAAGUCCUCCAGAUACUGCAGAGAGCCUCUCCUGAAUAACCUCUCAGCUUCUAUCAUACUGUCCUGCAUAGCUACAGGUUUUUCAGUUGUAUUUACGUUGUUGGAUCCAGUUCCUUUAAGUGUGUGGAGGUGUUAUUACAUGUUUGGUCUUCUGUCGUUUGGCCACGGACUAAGCACUGUCAUAUUAACCUCGACGGCAUCAUCAUGUGCCAAGACCACCCCUGAGUUGUACUACAUGUCCUUGGUACUGACUGUGGCAUGUGUCAUAAGCACAGGAUUUUUCGUGGUGAAAUGUGCUUUGUGGCUGAUCAACAGGCUUGACGAGGACAGCGAACAGGAAGUCACCUCGGCUGCACCGCCCUGAAACCAUAGAAACAC